CAAAACAGAGAAAGAGGGAUACCAACAAAGAUUAUCUAUUCAAACAAACCCUCGCUGUGAGUGAAAGAAAGAAAGAAAGAAAGAAGAUGGCGGUUUCAAUGGCUACCGGACUAUUAUUAUCAUCAUCUACUUUAACUCUUAGGACUCCAAGGUUUGCGUUUCACACUUCUUCUUCUUCUUCUUCUUCUUCUUCUUCUUCUACUUUGCGGAUGGCUCCACUCCGAAUAGUUACUUCCGCCACCGUCUCUCAGCCUCCACCCACCGGUGGCAAAAUUCGCGGUAUCAUGAAACCCAAAAAAAUCUCCCCUGAGAUGCAAGACCUCGUCGGCCAACCCGAGAUUUCCCGAACCCAAGCCCUCAAGAGUAUUUGGGCCCACAUUAAGGAACACAAUCUUCAGAACCCUGAGAAAAAGAGGCUUAUUCGCUGUGACGAGAAGCUGAAGAAGGUAUUUGCAGGGAGAGAUGAAGUUGAUAUGCUUGAGAUUGCUGGCUUGAUUAGCCCUCACUUCCUUAAUUGAAGGCAAGGUUUAGUUUUUAUAUCAAGGCCACAUUUUGGUGUAUGGAACUGUUAUAUUUGGAAGUAUGUGUCCUGCAACUGCAACAUAGUAGUAGCCUUAGUUUUUUGUUUUUGUUAGUACUUUGGGUACAGAACAAGAUUCUGUUGAAGAUUUCGUUUUGAAUCAUGUAAUUUCUUCAACAUGCGAUAGUGUGUACUCCUUUUAAUUAUUAGUAGGUUUUUAUUGGGCAUGUUAAGUA